AUGGCACCCGCAGCGGAUCCUCUGAAAGAGUUGAAGUCCUUUGUGCAGAAAGCGCCGAGUGCACGGUAUACAUUUGACAGUGAGCGCGACGCGCCUCAAUCUGAGUUGUGCAGGGAGGAGAAGGGCAAGCCGAAUGAGUGCAUAAUUUUACAAAUGCACUCAAAGAAACUCUUCGAGGCCAUGCAAUCUCAGGGAUUCUUCUGCGCACUUCCCAUUGACCCUACACGGACGCACAUGGAGUGCCAACCCAUCCCGAAGUCAUAG